CCCAACGUUUUUCUUGCGCGCGUUUUUCAGACCCGCCCAAAAAGGGAGCGACGACGGUUUUUUGGGGGGGAGUGCCGGUUUUUCUUAUUCUUCUUUUUGCGGUCAAGUCCUUUGGGUGUGUUGUCGAUUGUCGCCUAUAUCUGAUAAUCGUCCGUGUGUGCUGGUGUGCGCGUGCCUGCCUGCAUUUUCGUGUGUCCGUUCGUGUGUUGAGUACCUACAGGCCGUCUGACUACAAUGAAAACAACGACAUGGACCAUUGGAGUCGCCUUCUUCGCUUCAAUAUCAAGAGUUGGUGCACAAUCGGUUGUGUUGGGUGGUGCGUGUGAUCCCGCGCAGGAUGUGUUUGGAUGUCAGGGGAAGAAUUACAUGGCUUGUGAUCCAACGUCAAAGCGUUGGAUUCUACAGAAUCUCUGUCCAACGGAUUGUUUGGGUAUUCCCUCCUUUGCCCAAAAUUGUGGAAGGAAUAGCCAUGGCAUCGAGGAACCCGGCACCAAUCCCAAUCCCUCCCCGACCACAACGACACCCACACCAACACCGACAACCACCACCACGAGACCAUCUACCCGUCCCGCAAGUAUAGUGCCCUCCAUACCUGUGUCAACUGUUCCUGUUUCCGUUUCCGUUUCCCCCAAUGUCACACCAGUUGUGGGCAUCGUCCCAACUCCUGCCAACACUCCAAAUCCACUUCCACCUGCCUCUUCUGCAUCUCCAGCAUCCAGCAGCACCAAAGCCCCCAUAUGGAUCUUAGGUCCCGCGCUUUUUGUUACCCUCGCCGUAGGCACACUUCUCGUCGUCGUUUACCGCCGUCGAAGAGCCAGAUUCCCAGAUCCAGAAACGCAAAUAAAGCCCCCCUUUACACCGACACUGGCUUCUGUCCUCGAGAAACGCUAUGUAGUCGUACAUCCGUAUGUACCGGCAGUGAAUGACGAGAUUGCAUUGAGUACCGGGGAUGUCGUGAGGCUCUUCCUACUGUUUGAUGACGGCUGGGCAAAGGGGGUUAAUGAAGCAACAGGUCAAACCGGCCUUUUGCCUUGUGCAUGUAUUGAGGAGCUAUCUCCGCCAUCGCAUUCGCCGUUGGCGGCAUCUCCGACAACGUAUUCUACUGCAUCAGUCUCUUCAAUCACCCCAGUCCUACCUUCCUCUUCCUCUUCGUCACCCCGGUAACCUUGGCCUGUAACCGUUGGAAUAUUGUGAUUUUUUUUAUAUACAUGUAGAUAGGUUGAGUUGAGUUGGUUUUGGGCGUGAACAUGUCCUUGGUUUUCUUUUAUUUUUUUUUUCUUUUGGGUCAUACUUUGUCAAUUGUGGUUGUUGUGUGUAUGUAUAUGUGUGUGUUUGAGUCAAAGGUUAAUGUAUACUAGGUGCAUCUCCCCUCCUCAUUCAUAUUGUUGGCCAACCUUCUAAAGUCAUGGCGUUGUCAGGUCCGCCCAACAAUCCUGAAAUACAUGUAUAUAAAUUGGAUUUCUAGUACAUAUAACCAACGAGUU